AUGAUUUGUACUUAUUCUAUGGAAAUUAUUUGCUUCUUCAUAGUGCCUCAACAAGAUUCUGAGAUCAAUUUCUAUUAUCGGCUCGAUGGCUUGAUAUUGAUAGACGAUUUUAUUAGAGGACCUGAAGAACAACUUUUGCUCGAUAUCAUGGUCCAUGCUGAUAUUAAAAACACCAUAUUAAAACAUCGAUUAGUCAGACAUUACAGCUACGAAUUCGAUUACAACACGAAUAAUGUCAUUAAGAGCAGUGGUAAAUGCGAAGAUAUUCCAUCCAAGUAUUCAAUACUCAUCGAACGAAUUCAAAAUCACGAUAAACUCAUGAAUUGGGUGCCAAAUCAAAUCACCAUUAAUUGUCACAAACCUGGACAAGGUAUUCCCUUCCAUGUAGAUACUUGUAGUGCCUUUGAUGACUAUAUUUUUAGCUUAUCUAUCGGAUCGGAUAUUGUUGGUAUGGAAUUUAAAAACGCUCAAGAAAGAUGUUCAUUAUUGCUUCAGUGGAAAUCGCUAUUAAUCAUGUCAGAAACGAGCAGGCGUAAUAUGAUGAGAUAUGCUAAUCAUUUCAGUGAAACGCGUCACAAACCUUGGCCUAAAGUUGAAAAUUUCAUUCGCUCAUUUAUCGAUGUUGGCUGUGGAAAUGGAAAACAUCUUGGUUUAAAUGCUUCAACUUAUCAAGUAGAUGGGGGUGAUCGUAACGUCAAGUUGAUUCAAGAAUGAUUCAAAAAAGGAUUCGAAGCUUUAAUUUGUGAUUGUCUAGAAUUACCCUUUCGUUCAAAUGUCACAGAUAUUGUACAUAUAUUAUGCAUUGAAGUUAUUCAUCAUUUAGCUAUACCGAACGAAAGUAGAAGAAUUCGAGCUAUUCAAGAAAUUAUCAGAAUAUCAGGUCUCAGAGUAGGUGGUCAAGCGUUGAUUUAUGUUUGGGCUAAAAAUCAACUCAAGGAUGAAAAAUCGUCAAAUUAUUUGAAAACAGGGGCGUAUCUACCCGUCCAUGUUAAUAGAACGCAGUUCAAACACUAAGAUAUGCUGGUGCCCUUGCCUUGAAAAUUGAAACAAAAACAAGAUGAAUCCAAGUUAACAACAUUUUCACGUUUUUAUCACGUGUUUUCCGAAGUAGAGCUGGAAUUCUUGUGCAACCGAAUUCUCGGAAACACGGUAAUGAAAAGUUAUUACGAUCAGGGAAAUUGGUGUGUGAUUUUGGAGAAACUGUUAUCUUUGUGCUUUUUAAAAAAAAAAUGUUUGUUAUCGAUUCAAGAUUUUAUUUUGUUGGAUCGAAUAUAAUAAAAAUGAAAUUUCUUAUUAUUUUGUACUACAUACCUACUUAUUUCAACGUUGGAAUUAAUUUAGCCUGAGGUACUGUUAUGUUGGGUCAUUCUCAUAAUUUUACUUGAAUAUUUUG